AGCGGCGGUGGAAGCGGAGUCUGCGCGUCUCGUUGUGCGUCUGCGGACCGAACAGCGGCUGAAGCGGCGGCGGCGCGCCUGGCUGUGCGCAUCCCGGGCACGGAGCGGCACCGCGGGAGGGCCCCUUCUCUUCCUCUAUGUCAUUUUGAGACCUCAGAUCAGUGGUUUUCCCUCAUGCGAGCCGUCACCGAGCAGCCGGAGACAUGUGGACUGAUCCGUGGACUCUGCAGCGCUUCUCCAUAGUGUGUCUCCUCCUGACGCUGCGGGUCGAGGUGUCUCUGUCCACCGGGUACUUCGAGCUGCAGCUGCUGUCCGUGGAGAACCCGCGGGGCCAGCUCCUGAACGGGGACUGCUGCGACGCGGAGCGCAGCGCGGCGGACGGAGACUGCGGCGCGGACGAGUGCGACACCUACUUCAGGGUGUGCUUGAAGGAAUUCCAAACGGAGGUCACCACCACCGGACCCUGCACCUACGGCUCGGAGACUACCAAGGUUAUCGGUGGGAAUACUUUUCACUUCAAGAGCGGCCAGAAAACCGGACAGAACCGGAACAACGAUGCGGGGAAGAUCGUCAUCCCCUUCCAGUUCUCGUGGCCGCGAUCGUACACGGUCAUCGUGGAGGCGUGGGACAAGGACAACGGCACGCACAGCAGCGACGAGGAGCUUCUAAUCGAACGCAGCAUCUACAAAGGGACGAGUUACCCCGGCGAGGACAAGCAGACAGUGGAGUACAAGAGCCUCAGCGCCAACAUGGAGUACACCAUCCGAGUGCGCUGCGACGACCACUACUACGGCAGCAAGUGCAACAAGGUGUGCCGACCCCGAGACGACUACUUCGGUCACUACGUGUGUGACCAGCAGGGGAACUGGGAGUGUAUGGAGGGCUGGACGGGAACGGACUGCAAGACGGCGAUCUGCAAGCAAGGCUGCAGCCCUCUGCAUGGGACCUGCAACGUGCCCGGCGAAUGCAAGUGUAACUACGGCUGGCAGGGCCCGCUGUGUGACGCCUGCCUGCCGUACCCGGGCUGCGUUCACGGCACCUGCAACGAGCCGUGGCUGUGCGAAUGUGAGAAGAACUGGGGAGGCCUGCUGUGUGACAAAGAUCUGAACUACUGUGGAACCAACCGGCCCUGCAAGAACGGAGGCACCUGUAUGAACACUGAGCCAGACGAGUACAACUGCGCCUGUCCCGACGGUUACUCUGGCAAGAACUGCGAAAUCGCCGAACACGCCUGUGUGUCCAACCCCUGUGCGAACGGAGGAACGUGCCACGAGGUGCCGGCCGGGUUCGAGUGCCACUGUCCGGCCGGCUGGUCCGGGCCCACAUGCGCUCAAGACACAGACGAAUGUGCCUCCAGUCCGUGCGCUCAGGGCGGGACCUGCAUCGACAUGGAGAACGGCUUCGAAUGCCUCUGCCCGCCCCAGUGGACCGGAAAGACCUGCCAGAUAGACGUUAAUGAGUGUGCGGGGAAGCCUUGCCUCAAUGCUUACUCUUGCAAAAACUUGAUUGGUGGAUAUCACUGUGCCUGCUUUCGUGGAUGGGUGGGCCAGAACUGUGACGUCAAUAUGAACAGCUGCCACGGACAGUGUCAGAACGGAGGGACCUGCAAGGAGGCGGCCAGAGGCUACCAGUGCGUCUGCCAGCCGGGCUUCGUGGGUCGGCACUGCGAGGUCCAGAGGAACCGCUGCUCCAGCAGCCCCUGCAGGAACGGCGGCCGCUGCCACGCCCUGCUGGACGGCUUCAUGUGCGAGUGUUUGCAAGGCUUCACCGGCACCACGUGCGAGGUGCAGAACGACCCGUGCAGCCCCAGCCCCUGCCACAACAAGGCGCCGUGCCACAGCCUGAAGGGCGACUUCUACUGCAGCUGCCCCGACGACUACGAGGGCAAAACCUGCUCAGAGCUCAAAGACCACUGCAAGACCAACCACUGCCAAGUGAUCGAUAGUUGCACCGUUGCCGUGGCGACCAACGACACCCAGAGGCGGGUGUGGCACAUCUCGUCCAACGUGUGCGGCCCCCACGGGCGCUGCAUCAGUCUGCCUGCCGGCAACUUCAGCUGCUCCUGCGAGCCGGGAUUCACAGGCACCUACUGCCACGAGAACAUCAACGACUGUGCGUCGUCUCCCUGUAAGAACGGAGGAACGUGUAUCGACGGGAUCAACUCCUUCCAGUGCUUCUGUCCGGAUGGCUGGGAGGGCAGCCUGUGUGACAUGGACGUGAAUGAGUGCAGCAGGAAUCCCUGUCAGAACGGAGGCCAGUGCGUCGACCUGCUCAACGACUUCUACUGCAACUGCGUCGACAACUGGAAGGGAAAGACCUGCCACUCACGCGAGAGUCAGUGCGACUCCAGCACCUGCAGUAACGGCGGAACCUGCUACGACCACGGCGACGCCUUCCUGUGCAGCUGCCCGUCGGGCUGGGGGGGCAGCACCUGCAACACGGCCAAGAACAGCAGCUGCGACUCGGGGCCGUGCGAGAACGGCGGGACGUGCGUCGGAGGAGGAGACGCCUUCACCUGCAUCUGCAAGGACGGCUGGGAAGGAGCCACCUGUGCACGGAAUGUUGACGACUGUAAUCCUCUCCCCUGCUACAACGGCGGCCGCUGCGUCGACGGCGUCAACUGGUUCCGCUGCGAGUGCGCUCCGGGGUUCGCCGGGCCGGACUGCCGCAUCAACAUCGAUGAGUGUCAGUCGUCUCCGUGCGCUGAAGGUUCGACCUGCAUCGAUGAGAUUAACGGUUUCCGGUGUGUGUGUCCUCCGGGACACGCCGGGCCGCGCUGCCUCGACUACUUCGGCGUGGGGAAGUCGUGUCGGCACGCCGGCCUCCAGUUUCCUCACGGGAGCCGGUGGGAGGAGGAGUGUAACACCUGCCAGUGCGCCAACGGGAACGUCCGCUGCUCCAAGGUGAGAUGUGGGCGUCGGCCCUGCAUCCUCCCGAAGGCGCUCCCCCCGGCGGACGCCGGCGCCGCGUCCUGCCCCGGCGGUCACGAGUGCGUGGAGCACCAGUUCCUCACCUGCUUCUCGCCGCCGUGUCACCAGUGGGGCGUGUGCUCGACCCCCGACCCCCCGACCCCCCUGCACACCCAGUGUGAGCCCAACAGCGGUUACCUUGACAACAGCUGCGCUCACAUCACGCUCAUCUUCAAGAAGGACAAAGUCCCACAGGGCACCACUGUGGAGAACAUCUGCUCCGAGCUGAGAUACCUUCCCGUGACUCGGACGCUGGCCGAAGAGCGAGCGCUGCUCAUCCUCUGCGACCUGUCCUACUCCACCAGCGACGCCGUGGAGGUCGCCAUGUCGUUCGAGCAGGACGGACGCUCCAAGGACCCGGACUGCGGCCAGAUGCAGAAGGCGGCCGGCGCCAUCACCAGCGCUCUGUCCAAACGCCACAACAGCACCGUCAUGCUGGCCGUGGUGGAGGUGAAGGUGGAGAUGCUGGUGGAGUGUCCGCCUGUCGGCUACCUGGUCCCGGUCCUCUGCGUGGUCUUCAGCGUCCUGUGGAUCUUCUGCAUCGUGGUCUGCGUCUGGUGGACCCGCAAGAGGAAGAAAGAGCGCGAGAGGGCGGCGCGCUCGGAGGAGACCACGGUCAACAACCAGCUGGAGCCGCUGCGCAGCAACGCGCUCAAGGACAACCGCGGCAAAGACAUUCAGUACGAAUGCAAGAAGCUGAUCGGCCCGUCGGACCGCGCCUGCGACGGCGCCGAGGGCGACGAGGAGGCGGAGGCGGAGGGCGCGCCGGAGGAGGACGAGGCGGCGGGGGCGCCGGACAGGGGCGGCCUGGGGAAGGGGGGCGUGGUGUGCACCACGCGCACGGCGCCGGUCAAGGCGCCGCACCGGACAGCCUACAGCCCCAAAGACAACCGCUGUAAGAACCUCAACGCCGCCAAGCUCAGCGACGACAUCAAGGAACACUACGUGUGAGAGGAGGAGGAGGAGGAGGAGGAGCAGCAGCACUGCAACGUCUUCAGCGCCACGGACUCCACACCCUCCGGAGGGACGGCCGCAGUCCGUCCGCUGUCCCACUGCGUCGGCUGCGGCGAGGAGGAAGGCGGCGUUCAGCCGCCGACGACUCAAAACCCAUGAAAAGAAAAGAAAAACAAAAAAAUCACAGAGAAAGACCAAAACAAGGCAUCAGGUUGUCACGGCUGGUGGAUUCCAGCUGGACGCUCACUGUUCUCCCCGGUUCCGGUUCCCACCGGCGUCUCUCUCCUCGGUUCCGGUUCCGGUUCCGGCCGGCGUCUUGUCCUCCGUCUCGCCGGCUGCCAGCUGCUGCCCGUCGUCUCUUCCUUCACGCUGAACCUGUUUCCUGCGGUUUCUAAAUGAUCUGGUUUAAAAGAGGAGUUUGAAGCUGGCUCCGCCUCCCGGAGCGCCUGGGGCUCGGUCGCGGCCGUCAGCUGGACUCCAGGCCUCCUCCGCUCCGCUCUCAGACCUUCUCUCCGUCUCUGGUAGAAAAGUGCCUUCAGCCCGACGUCGUCUCGCCUCUUCCGGCCUCCUGCAGACUUUAUGUUGUUUCUGAACACCCAAAAAAGGGAAAGAAGUCCUAAUAACAAACUUUAAAUGGCAGCAAAGGCUGUUUUUCUUUGCAAUGUACAUUUGUAAAUAUGAGAAAAUGACUGUGUAUAUUUGAGUUUUAGUAACUUAAGUGAUGCUUUGUAUCAUAGUUAUUCUAAAGAAUACGUUUUGUGGGUUUUUUAAAGAUGUCAUUCCGUUUAUUGGUGUCUGUUGACGCUCUGACAGGUUUUAUACACGUUUGGACUGAAACCAUGAUUUGAACAGAAAGCAGUUUGGUGUGUUGUCGUCGUCCGUUUCACAGAUUGUGGAUUCGUUCGUUCAUUUAUAUUCAACGGUUUCAUUUUUAUUGACUCAAAUUCUGAGACAGUGGUUCAAAUUUCUGCCGUUUUGGUCAUUUUUCAUUUCAUUUCAGGAAGUUUAGAGUAGUUUGGGGCAGACGGAAGCUAAUUGACAGAAAUGUGGAGCACAUCCUGGGUUCCCAUCGUCUGGAUGUGAGAAGUGACUGGUGCACAUGUGCAGAGUUGUUUGUUUGUGUCUGUGUGGAAUCGCUUUUUUUUUUUUUGUAUGUGUUUAAUCAGAUUCAUGAGUCUAAACUAUGUUUGGUUCACAUCUGGAGACUUUGCCUGCAGGAGCCUGUAAAUGUCCCAGUUUUAUCCUGGACCUCAGAGAAACGUCCAGAGAUGCUUCCAUUCGUCAGGUUCUCUUUACCCUCAACCUCGACUGACAGGCUCCUGCUCUCCUCUUUAUCUAACAAGCUUUCAUAAUGCUGAGGAGCGAGAUAGUAGAGACAUUUGACAUUUACGGUAAAUUGUCACAAGUGAUCCUGCCAGUCCUGACUGAGGGCAAAAUAAAGAUAUCUGACUUACAGACAAAUUGAGCAACAUGAAUAAUAAAAAAAAAACUUGUUAUGUACUGUUAACUCUGGAGAGCACUGCAGUCAAACUCGAACCAAAACCAAACCUGACAUUUUCAGUUGCUGGAGGAUGUGGUUGAACUGAUUAGUUCCGAGCUUGAAAAAGUGAUCCUGCGAGUCUGGAAUGAGGGCUUUAGGUGUAGUUUCCCCAACAGUUGGCCUGAGGGGGGGUGAAGACGGGACAUGUACAGGUCUCAAAACUCCUUCACACUUACAGAUCAUACAAAUCAUGGUACAUGAACAAACAAGUUAUUUCACGACUUUCUCGGCCCAUAGAGCAGCGUUUUUCAAUCAAGACGUCCACUUUUACCGACACGUUUCACUGACAUCUUUAAAAUCAGAUAUUUUAGCUUCACUCUCCGUGUGACGCAGUUUGGCCUUGUGGUCCGGAGGGAAGUCCGACCAGCACUGAUACGUCACUGUUACAGGUCACAGGGUCCACCCACAGGGUGUUCAGCCACCCAGCUGAAGUGCCCUUUAGCAAGACGCUGAAGCGGGAAUCCGCUCACAGUGUGCAUCGAUCAGUUGUUUUCUUUUGGCCCGCCUCUCCCUGUGUCUCUGUUCUGGUCUAAUGAAGGGAACAAGUUGUUUUGUUGUUCGUGUUCUUGUGGAUUUUGUCCCGUUUAUUUCUGCACUAAGAUCUCACAAGACGAGAGGAAAGGUUAGCAUUAGCUCCACGGCGCUAGCGCAGGAGAACAAGUCAAAGGUUGUUUUUUUUUUGCUGAUUUGUGGACAAACAUUUUCUCUUUUUUAAUUUUUUUUUUCAUUCAAGUCGCUGGUGCAACACGGAGAACCCAAAUUCAUUUCCUGUCAGUAAAUUUGUGUUGGCCCCACAUGAGGGGCUGAAUGUGCAGAACAUUGUAAUUAUUUUGUACAAAAUUUGGUAAAAGUAUUGGUUUGUUAGUGGAAUUUUUUUGUUUUUGUUCUUAGAACAAUCCUAUUAUUUAUUAAAGUAUUUUAU